AUGGCCAUGGGACUACUUUUCACUUCUAUUCCAGAGGCACUCGUACUACAAGUUGGAGAGCUGGACACCGCGAAGAAAGUAUGGGAGGCAAUCAAAGGACGACAUCUAGGAGCAGAAAGAGUUCGAGAAGCUAGGUUGCAGACUCUAAUGGCAGAAUUUGAUCGGUUAAAGAUGAAGGAGACGGAAUCAAUCGAUGACUUCGUUUGCAAGUUAUCCGAAAUAACCUCAAAUCCUGCAGCACUGGGUGAAACUAUAGAGGAGUCGAAAGUAGUCAAGAAGUUUCUCAAAAGCCUUCCGAGAAAGAAGUAUAUACACUUGGUGGCGUCCCUUGAACAAUUGCUUGAUAUCAAGACCACUAGUUUUGAGGAUAUUAUUGGGCGGUUAAAGGCUUAUGAGGAGCGGAUCAAAGAAGAAGAAGAAGAAAGUCCCAUCGAGCAGAACAAAUUAAUGUAUGUAAACUCGGAGCAUCAAUCGCAGUCUGGUCGAAACUACAAUGGGGAUUACAAAAACAGAGGACGAGGAAGAGGCUACUACGGCAGAGGCCGAGGUCGUGGAAGAAUGUACCAAGAGUUCGAUAUAUCAAAGAUCACGUGCUUCCGUUGA